AUGGACAGGAGGAACGACAGCACGAUAACCCAUUUCAUCCUCCUAGGAUUGACAGAUCAUCUGGAGUUGCAGGUCCCUCUCUUCUUCUUAUUCUUAGGGAUCUACAUCACCACUCUGUUGGGGAACCUUGGGAUGAUUGCUUUGAUUUGGACUCAUCUCCAACUUCACACUCCUAUGUAUUUCUUCCUCAGUAACUUGUCUCUAAUCGACCUCUGCUAUUCUACUCUCUUUGCUCCAAGGUUGCUGGUGAGCUUCUUAGUGCAGAGCAAAACCAUCUCCUAUUCCGUGUGCCUUUCCCAGAUUUUCUUUUUUGCUGUUUUCCUCACUACAGAGGGGUUCUUGCUGGCUGCAAUGGCAUAUGACCGUUACGUAGCCAUCUGUAGACCACUGCUCUAUACGACUGUGAUGACCAAGAGAGUCUGUAGGCAAUUAGUGGUGGGAUCAUAUAUGGGGGGACUCCUGAAUUCAUUGACACACACUUGUGGCUUGCUGGGGCUGCCUUUCUGUGGACCCAACCUCAUCAAUCAUUACUGUUGUGACAUACCCGCCUUGCUGCAACUUGCAUGUGCGGAUACCCGUCCUAAUGAGACUUUGCUAAUAGCUUUUUCUGUAGUUAUUGCCCUGUUCACCCUCCUUGUCAUCACCAUUUCCUAUGUGCUCAUCCUCUCUGCCAUCCUGAGGAUCCAGUCAGAUGAUGGCAGGAAGAAAACCUUCCACACCUGUGCCUCUCACCUGACAGCUGUCACCAUUUUCUAUGGAUCUGUUACUUUUAGCUAUAUCCAACCCAGCUCCAGCUACUCGAUGGAGCAGGAGAAAGUCUCGGCAGUCUUCUAUACCCUGGUGGUCCCCAUGCUGAACCCCCUGAUCUACAGCCUGAGAAACAAGGAGGUGAGGAACAGCUUCAGAAAGUGCAUCAUGACUUUCCCAUAA